AGACACCUUUGUCAAGGCACGCGAUUAAAAACCGAUCGUUUUAAAGAAAGAUGGCGGCAGACGGUAGAAAUCGGUCGUUCUGCGCGUUCCGUUUCAAACGGGUCACGUGGUCGACGAUGCCGAAACGCGUCAACGGCGCGGCUCAUCGGCGAAAGGACUCUAAUUCGUUACAUUUGUUUCAGCAUCACAUGUAUUUCACCGCUGUUUUGUGUGGCUAAGAGUAAAAGCAGCGACAGGUCAGACGCAGAAGAGAGAGAGAAGAAGCGCUAAAGUCGCCGCGACUCGGCUCCGAUCGAUCGGACUGAACACUCCUGUCAGCUGUGCGGCACUGUGUACUCUACCGCACUGUCAUUUCCAGCGUUACCUUCCCGUCACACGCUUACACGGGGUCCACCUUUAAAAUUACAUAAAGGCGUAGAAAAAUGUCAGUAAGGUGACGGGGACAGCUUGACCCUCCUCUGAUUCAGCGAAGUGCCAAAUUCUCGGAUUUUCUACUCGUGGAUUUUCCGCGCGGCUCAGUCUGUCUGGAGAAGAAGAGAGAUGCAUUUCGCAGAUUUCCUAGCCGGCUCUGUUGGAGGGGCCCUCGGGGUGGCUGUAGGAUACCCCUUAGACACAGUAAAGGUGAGGAUACAGACCGAGAGAGAAUUCACCGGCGUGUGCCACUGUAUCUACAGGACGUGUAAAAACGAAGGGGUGCGUGGAUUCUACAAGGGCAUGUCCAUGCCGGUCACGACCAUGUCCAUCAGCUCCUCUGUGGUCUUUGGCACAUACCGGAACUGCCUGCAAGGCCUGCGUACGCUACGGGGCAGCCGUCUUGACACUGCACCCCACAAGCUGGAUGUCUUCCUGGCCGGACUGGCUGCAGGAGUGGCCCAGGUAUCAGUGAUGUCCCCGGCUGACAUUGUGAAAGUACGUCUUCAGUGCCAGACGGAGUCUUAUAAGGGCUCGCCCUUGCAGUCUGCAGCUAAGUACCGUGGGCCCAUCCACUGCAUGCUCACUAUUGCUCGUGAGGAGGGUGUGCUGGGUCUCUACAAGGGUGCCAGUGCUCUGGCGCUUCGUGACGGAGCCUCUUUUGCCACCUACUUCCUGACCUACAACAUUAUCUGUGAGCAACUGAUGCCGGUUGGGCAGAAGCAACCAGACUGGCUCGUGGUCAUGUUGGCUGGUGGCAUGUCCGGUGUUUGUGCCUGGACAGUGGGGACACCCAUGGACGUGAUCAAGGCCCGCCUGCAGGUGGAUGGUGUGAGGAGUCAGCACUACCGGGGUUUUGUACACUGCAUCUCUGAGAGCGUGCGACAGGAAGGAAUAGCCGUGCUCUUCAGGGGCCUGGGCCUCAACUGCCUGCGUGCUUUCCCUGUAAACAUGACCGUGUUUAUCGCCUACGAGCUGGUUGUUCGCCUUCUCCGGAGCUCACCAUGAGGCACUUUUUAUCACGGCUCCAUCCGAUAUCAUUGUGAUCAUAGGCCUUGAUUCACUGACCUGGAGCGUCACUGGAUUUAUCAGGGGUGAAAGUCUUUGCACAAACCAGCUUGGUUCUUAUUUAAUAAUGUGAAUUACACCUAAAGUCACUUCACCUUCCGUGCAAUUAAGGUUAAGAUAUCCAAACGCCUAAGUGGGAAUUCCACUGGUGGCCUGGUCUAGUUUAUCAUUCCAGUGUUAUUAGUCCCAUGAUUCAUCACAACUGGUAGAAUAACAUAUCAUU